UCACACACACACACACACCUCCCUGCAUGUGAUUAAAUGUCUUGAAAUCUGCUUCUGAUUUCCUCGGGGAGUUGACUUUUCCCUUCUUUUCAACCCCUGGAUUUAUUGAAACCUUUUUACUCCGCUUCAAGGCAGCAGCUGGGGCUCAGUUUCUUCCCUCUUGCCUAUGUUUUUUCCUCUCUUCCCUUUUUCUCUCGUCCCUCCCAGCAGCAGUUCAGUGAGAUCCAGGAGAAAGGAGGAGUGCAGCAGCUGGGAGAACCUUGAGAAGCGGCCAAGGGACUCGAGGACCAGGCGAGGGGCUGCUGCAGACCACACCGUGCGGGGGCUUGGCUUGGCUUCCCCCCCCCCACGAGAUAAAUAAACAAAAAUCUUACCCCCGCGUCUGUGUAAAAGGGCUUUGACGUCUGGAAUUACACCCCUUCGGCUGCAUCACUGCUGGGAACCGCGCGCUACCAGGAACCGUCUACCUGCCGGGCUCCCAGGAGGAUUUGGCUUGUGUGUCUUGGAAAGAGCUUGUCCGGCGAGGAUGGAUCUCUUGCACCUCUUACGGCUGCUGCUUACCGCCUGUGUGUUCGGCCUGUCCCAGACAAUCAACCCCUUUGUAGUGCAGCAAACUGCAUCUGACCCUUGCUACGAUGAGAACAGCGCCCCCCGGCGCUGCAUCCCCGAGUUUGUCAAUGCUGCCUUUGGGAAGGAAGUGCAGGCCUCCAGCACGUGUGGGAAGCCUCCCACUCGCCACUGCGACGCCUCAGACCCCCGCAAAGCCCACCCGGCAUCUUACCUCACGGACCUCAACACUGCCUCCAACAUGACAUGCUGGCGCUCCGAGAGCCUGCACCUUUCCCCUCAGAACAUCACGCUCACCCUCUCCCUGGCCAAGAAGUUUGAGGUGAUUUAUGUCAGCCUGCAGUUCUGCUCGGCCCGACCUGAGUCAGCGGCCAUUUUAAAAUCUAUGGAUUAUGGCAAGACCUGGGUGCCUUACCAGUACUACUCCUCCCAGUGCCGGAAGAUCUACGGCAAGCCCAACAAAGCCACCGUCACCAAGCAAAAUGAGCAGGAGGCACUGUGCACCGAUGGCCACACAGAUCUGUACCUGCUCACUGGGGGCCUCAUUGCCUUCAGCACGCUGGACGGACGGCCCUCCGCCCAAGACUUCGACAACAGCCCAGUGCUCCAGGACUGGGUGACAGCUACUGACAUCCGGGUCGUUUUCAGCCGCCCCCAUUUGUUCCGGGAGUUGGGGGGCCGGGACAAUGAGGAGGACGAUGGCGGGACCGGCUCGUCUUCAUACUACUAUGCCGUGGGUGAGUUCCAGGUCGGGGGGCGGUGCAAGUGCAAUGGGCACGCCUCCCGCUGCAUGAAGGACAAGGAGGGCAAGCUGGUGUGUGACUGCAAGCACAACACCGAGGGCCCCGAAUGCGACCGCUGCAAACCCUUCCAUUAUGACCGCCCGUGGCAGAGGGCCAACGCCAGGGAGGCCAACGAGUGUCUAGCCUGCAACUGUAACCUGCAUGCCCGGCGCUGCCGCUUCAACAUGGAGCUGUACAAACUCUCAGGCAGGAAGAGUGGAGGUGUCUGCCUCAACUGUCGCCACAACACGGCCGGCCGGCACUGCCAUUACUGCAAAGAGGGGUUCUACCGGGACAUGAGCAAAUCCAUCACGGACCGCAAGGCCUGCAAAGCUUGUGACUGCCACCCUGUUGGUGCUGCCGGUAAAACCUGCAACCAGACCACCGGGCAGUGCCCAUGCAAAGAUGGUGUGACAGGGCUCACCUGCAAUCGCUGUGCCAAGGGCUACCAGCAGAGCCGGUCACCUGUGGCUCCCUGCAUCAAGAUUCCUGCCAUCAACCCAACCUCCGUGGUCACCAGCACAGAAGAGCCGGCAGACUGUGAUUCGUACUGCAAGCCAGCCAAAGGCAACUACAAGAUUAAUAUGAAAAAAUACUGCAAGAAGGAUUAUGUUGUCCAAGUGAAUGUCUUAGACAUGGAGACAGUGGCCAACUGGGCUAAGUUCACUGUCAACGUCCUCUCGGUCUACAAGUGCCGCGACGAGCGCGUGAAGCGUGGUGAUAACUUCCUGUGGAUCCACAUGAAAGACCUGGCCUGCAAGUGCCCCAAGAUCCAAAUCAGCAGAAAAUACCUUGUCAUGGGGAUCAGCGAAAACCCCACUGACCGGCCAGGACUUAUGGCCGACAAGAACAGCCUGGUCAUCCAAUGGCGGGAUGCUUGGACCCGGCGCCUGCGGAAACUGCAGCGGCGGGAGAAGAAGGGGAAGUGUUUGAAACCAUGAUGGGUUUUGUGUCUGUCCCUUACUAAAGUCCCCGCCCUAUGCACAUUCUUCAGACUGUUCCCAAGAGACUCUGUAUAUAUAUAUAGGGUGAACAGACUCUCCUGUCUAUAGUGUAUAUUUGCGAUGGUUUCCUUUGUGUGCAUGAAGGCCCGAGUGUGCCUGGGGGUGUGUGUGUCCUUAAUUAAAAGUAACACAGUAAAGACGAGCCUUUAAAGAGGAGUGAAGUGGAGGAUGAGCCCAGUGUUGCUAGGUCUGAAGUUGCUCAGAGGAUAUAAGCAAAAGGCCUGUCCAUCACGGCCCCUCUUCUGUGGGCAUCUCAUUGUUUCUAAUUUCUCUUACCUUUCGGUGGUAAGCUCCAUGCCCUGCCUGCUCCCAGUGUCUGAGCAUAAGUCCUCAGCUCUUCGCUCAGCCACAGUAUACCUGGGUGUGGACUCGUCUAAGCUCUUCAGUCCCCUUCCCAUCCAUAGCAACUGAGACUGGCCUGGUGUCAGUUCAUGGAUUAUGAGGCCAAAAGAGACCACUGUGAUCAUCUCGUUUGCCCUCGUGCAUAGCACAGGCCAGAGAACUUCCCUGGUUUAACUUCCUCAUUCCCAUCUUCUAAUCUAUAUACUGGUAUAGGUAAGGAGUGAGUGCGUGGCUUGCUAAUGGAUUUCCAUAUGCAUACAGUAUGAGGAGAUUCCAGCCCUGGAGUUCCAUGAAAAAACAAAGGGUCUGAUUUGCCAGUUACAUCAUGUUUAUGCUGAUACAUCACCAUUGAUUUCACUGGUAUGACACUGGCAUGACACAGUGAGAAUCAGACCCUUUGGGUUUAUUUAGCCACUGCUGCCAUGCACCAGCCCCCAACUGCAGACUGGUCUUAGCCAAGGUCACUACCAAAGGCCUCUUAUAUCUUCUCAGAAAAUGUGUAUGUUUGUGGGGGCAGAGCCUCAGCUGGUGAAAAUCAGCCAAUUUGCAUCAGCUGAAGAUCUGACUCGACAUGCAUAAUUCAGCAGUGGGCCUGAUUCUGCCCUUCUUUUCACCCAGUGUCGUUAUUUUCAUCUGGGCCAGAGGACUGUGAAAAGCUGCCAUUCGGACUUGGACAAUGUUUUGCAGAGGUGUAAAUGGGGGCAGAAGGCGAAAUCCCAGGAAGAUCGAGUCCUUGGAGUGUUUUUGUGCUUCCCCAGCCCUCUGAGUCUCAAGGGGGCAGGGUUGAUAAAGCAAAGCUAAUGCACUGGUGGUUGUGGUGAGAAGUACUAGUUCACCAGGGCAAGGGAAUUGUAGUCCCUUGACACAGGCACAUUCCAAAUGGGCACAGAGUGGGCCUGGGUGACUGUUGGAUUGGAUCUACUCAGAGGGCAGGAAGUGGUGCAGCAAGAUAACAGAGCAGCCUGGAAACAGAGUGUGGUGGGAUGAUCCUUGUAAACCAAUUGCCAUGGGCACCUGUGGCUCAGGGAGGUGUUACGCUGUAGAGCAGUUCAAGACCGAGUCUUGUUGGCAGAGCUAUGUGAGGGCCCAGGCCUGGCACAGGGGCCAUUGCAGGUUAAGAUACUGGCAGAAUUGUUUUUGAGCUCAGGAAUGGAAGAGAGUGUUUUGAGGCCAGACUGAGGUGACCUGUAUGGUGAUCAGGACUGAACACCAGGAGGUGCUUUGGGGCAUGAUUAAGGUACAUUAGCAGAGCUGGCUGAAGGCCCAGAAUUGGCUUAGCAAAGCUCUUUGAGGUCAGGAAUGUCAUGCACUGAAGGCCCAUGAAAGCUGGCAGAACAAGGGGUUGCUGAAAAUCAAAACUGCAGAACUGUGGGAGGACCAGAGACAGGCUAGCACAGGCGUUCUCAAACUCGGGGUCAGGACCCCGCAGAGGUCGUGAGGUUAUGCCGGGGGGGGGGGGGGUCAUGAACUGUCAGCCUGCACCCAAAACCCUGCUUUGCUUCCAGCAUUCAUAAUGUGUUAAAUAUAUAAAAAGUGUUUUUAAUUUAUACGGUGGGGGGGUCAUAACAGGGGCUUGCUAUGUGAAAGGGGUCAUCAGUACAAAAGUUUGAGAAUCACUGGACAAGCAAAUGUUCAUGCAAGGUGUGCUGGCUGGAUUAGUUUGCCCAGUGCCUGCCUUUGCUGUUCUCACUGCAGACAGUACUAGCAGGCGCACCCUUGUGUUUGCAUUAGUACAAGGAGCAGAGUGGAAAUGCACAUUCCUGACACUUAGUCACUACUCAUGUUAUUUACAUUCAGCCUCCAUCAUGGGAUGGUCUUUGAAUCACAUUCUAUUCUCCCCACCCCAGCAGUUCAUGUCACUUGGGACAUACAUGUUGGGCCAUGUUUACUUACAAUGCCAAUAACCUGGUCAAUUGUUGAAAUCAAUUGCAAAAAACCCACCCUUUUCUCCAGGGGGACCUAUGAGUUCACACUGCAGCCUGAUUCUACUCUCAUACCAAUUUUACACCAGUGCAACUUGCUUGACUUGAGUGCAGUUACUCCUCAUUUACCUGGUGUAAGUGUCAUCAGGACCAGACCCACAGUGUGCUAUAACACAUACUUUGCACACCCACUGAACACCAAAGCCCUGAUUCUGAUCUCAUUUACACCCAUGUAAUUCCAGAGCAACACCAUUAAAGCCACCUGAGGUACCCUGGAUUUACACUGAUGUAACUGACCUCAGGAGUUCCCCCCCCCCACCAAAAAAAGGCCAUUGCUGUGCUAGGACCUGUCAUUUCCUAACCAGUUUACACCAUGGGGCCAACUCAGGCCUGGUGUAAGCAGCUGCAAUGCCAUUUCUGACUAUGCUUAGGGAAGGAGCCAUACAGUUGUUUAUUAUUGUGGGGUUACAAAUAAAGCCCAUUUUGUUUAUGGCCCUGCUAAUGUAUUCUAGCAGAACAAAACUCUAGCAGCCUUCAGGGCUCAUUUUUGGCCUCUGAGCCAUACCAAUGCCCCCUCCAUCCUGUGUCAAUCCCCCCAUCUACUGCUGAUACGUGCAAAGGGGCACAGAAAGCGUGACUGCAGAAUAAGCUAGUGUGACGGCUGCCUAGCCUACUGCAGUGAGGAGUGGGAGGUCAAGACCUGUCUUCCAGAAUGUGGCUCCUGGGAAUACUGGAGCGGCAUGAAUGCCCAACGCCUGGUUACUAACCUGUGAGCUGGUGAUGAUAUGGGGGGUAGGGCUCCCAGAGUGGCGCUGAAUGUAGUAACUGACAUAAUGGCCACAUGCACCUUGCCAAGUAACAGACUAGUGUGUCGCUAACACAGUUGUGACGCUGGCCCAUUCAUAGCAUAGAAACUGCUCAUCCCUCAAGUCACCUGCGUUGAUGUAGCGGCUUGACAGGGCUUUGAGCGAACUCGCUCACUCCUGGCGUUAAAUGUUACAGGUACUUUCUGUUUAAAAUGUUCCUGUGAGUUACAGCCACAUUGUGAGAACAAACGUCAUGUCCCCUCCCGCUCCACAUACAGCCCCUGUGCUCUCAGGUGGGGGGAAAAGGCACCGGCUAGCACAAGGGUGGCACACAAUCUGUUCAGGGGCCAGCUGAUGGGGAAAAUGCACAGAGCACCCGUUCCUUGCUUUAGACUAAUGUGACUCUACCUUCCCAUCCCUCCAGUGUCUGUGAGCCACAGAACCUUGUCCACCCCACCUUACCCUGUGUGCAGUCAGUUACAUUAGCGCAACGUGAUCAUGCAACCCAUAACCAACUAAUGGGCCAGACUCUCAGCUGCUGCAGCCUGUCAUAACUCCAUGGAGGGCAAUAGAAGCACUUCUACUUCGCACCAGCUGAGGAGCUGGCCCAGGAAUGGGAGUGCUUGACACCCCAUUGCAGCAGACAGGUUGCAGGCUAGUGGAGAAUCAGGCCCACAGACCUCUGCAGUGGCGUGAUGGACCCCGGUCAACUCCCACUGAAGCCUAAAGAGGCUUGUUCUACUGGCUUCUAUGGGCACAGUCUCCGUCACUUUUGCUGUCCCUUGUUUCUUGGGGAUAGGGGAAACAGCGUCUGUUUGUGUGCGCACGUGUGCUGCUGUUCCUGUUCUGCAGCAAAGACCCUCUCAAAGCAAACAGGAAAGUGUGCAACUGUUACAGUAAUGGCUUAAUUCUGAAGCUGCUAGGCACAAACCAAGAGAAGAGGUUUUUUUUGGUGGGUUUUGCAUGAUCACUGAGAAUGGAUGCUCCUGGGUGAAUGUGCUGCAGAGAAGUUCUCACUUUCUCAUGCACUAAAUGCCAUUUGAGCUGUAUCUUUGGGGGGAGGGAACUCAUCCCACAUAGAGCUGUGGCACAAGUCCAUCUUAAAUCGCACCUACACCCUAAGUGGGGCUGCAGGGGUGCUGAAGCUGCCUGCUGACCAUCUAUACAAGGGGUGGAUUUCACUGCUGUAGCUUAUGAACCUUGGGUGCCCACACUGCAGCCUGAGAGUCAAAUCCAGCCCAGCCUAAAACACAGCUCACUGCUGCUCUCUCAGUGCUAGGUGAGGACAAAACUGUAGGGUUUGACAGCUGGUGAAUUCAGACCACAAGCCAUUUCUCCUCAUAUUCCUUUGCUGAGCAGGUAAAUGCUAUGGUUGCCAUUUGCAAAGCUGUCUAGGGGAGUUAGAUGCUGCUCUAAUUGAAGAGGUGUAUCUACAGCCCCUAGGCUGCUUGGAGACUCUCAGUCUAUGCCUGUAUGCCUUUACUUUGUAUUUAAACAUACAACCAUAUAAGGGCAGAUUCAGGACAGUUUUUGGUGUUCUGGCAAGUUGCCCUUAAAUGUUGCAAUGUUUGGGCACCCAGAAUGGUAUGAUGUGGGCUGAGCCUGCUGCCAGAAACACCAUCUCCCUGUCCUUCUUCUCAGGCCAGCUUUGGACCUCUAGGUUAUAACAUGUCUGUCUUGUCAAUAGUUUCCAAAAUGCAACAGAGCAAAAGAAUUGGAGGGAGGCUAUGGACCAGGCCAUCUCCAUGAAAGACUGUUGAAUAUGUAAAAAAAUAACAACCAAUGUUAUGGAACAUAGUGUAACAUAUAUAAGAUAUGUACUUUUUCUUUUUUUAUUAUUAUUGUUUUUAAUAACACGAAUCUAAUGUGUAUUGCCUGCCUAAAUUGGUGUUUUCUUUCCCUGAGUCUGCAGUUUGCAUUUGGCUUUUGAUGCUAAACUGCUGAUGACACCUCAUCCCCUACCCUGGACUUGGGUUCUGCUGCUUCUUAAUUGCACCAGUAAGGCCCACUUGGAAGAAUGCCUCUCGCAGAGCACAAGGCAGGUGCUCAGCACAGCUGGGGUAAAUGUGCUUAUUUACCUCAGUGGAAGAUCUGUGAGUUUGUGGGGUGGGAGGCACUGAGACCCUGGCUGGAUUCCAAAGGAGGAGGCUCAAGGGAUCCCAUCAAGAUCAAAACCAAGGGCCCUGAUUCUGAGCUCACUUAGAAUGGAAUUCACCCCUGUGCAUGCAGUCCUGGGCCUGUGCACACUGAUUAAAUCCUACCUGCUGUGAGUGGUGCCUAGACUUUGGGCUGGUGUUCUGCAGAGGAGUGAAGGUCAUUCUUACCCGCAUUUUACUCUGGUGCAACCCCAUUUCCUUGAGUAACUGGACAUGGCUGUAUGAGUGAAACCAAAAUCAGGCACUGGGGCCAACUCUCUGCUGGCAAUGAUUGGUGCAGCUCCAUGGCAAUCACUGGACUUGGGGCAGUUUGCACCAGUAGAAAAUGUGCUGUUGUAUUUUUAAAAUUGCCUAUAGCUUUGUUACUAAUGCCACCUUUGAUUAUGAAAAAUGCCUGGGCAGCUCCUCAGCUGGUGUAGAUCAACAUGGCUGCAUGGACUUACAACAAUAUACAACAGCUGAGAAGCUGGCUCAGACCUCAAAGUGGUACAGCAAAGAGCCCAUUUCUCUCCACUUGGUGAAGCUUAAAGAAAGGCUGGUCAGUAACCACACAGAAAACUGCCAUUGAGGCGAGUCGAUGAUACGAGUAGGGGAUGGAGCAUGCACACGCUUACUGGUCACACUUACAUUAAGGGUCCACUUACAAAAAGUUUAUAAAAGGUGGAUAAAUAAUUAACAGAUGCUAUAAGCAUGUGACAGAUAUGAGCGGUAUGUAUGACAGUGAGUUAUAAACAAAUCAGGAGGCAGUGUUACAGAUGAUUAUAUGUAAUCUGUUGACCCGUUGGAUUGUAUAACAAUCUGUAAUAAAUGAUGGACUAUUUAUUAAACCA